ACUAACUUGGCUUGCAACAUUUGUCAUUUAAUUAAUGGUAAUUAAUUACGUUUUUUUCCCCCAGUCCUACGUCUUAUUUUUAAAUUACCUACAAGCUUAUUCUCCUCAUGGGUGAACUUCUGCAUGUUUCUAAAAGGCUUUUUAUUCUUAGUGGGAGGUAUGCGAUGAUGAGGAUGGUGAUGUGUGGAUGUGAGCAGGAGAUGUAGGGGAUCUUUAAUUAGUCGCCCGCUUUUGCACACUAGCCUAUAUUUACAGACAUCAAUGACAAAAUGAUAGGGAGUCACAAAGACGUCAGUUUGUGUGUGCGUAACUUUGCGUGUCCUUGGCUGAAAGGGUAUAAAGCCCAUCGAUUGGCCCAAGAAAAACAAGUAGAAAGACAGAAAUCGUUGGUGGAGGGAACAACAGAAAGACACAAAGAAGAAAGACCAAGGAGGAAAGAAAUCCGAAGAAUGCGUCCUUUGUUGCUAUUGGUGGUUGCGGUGGUGGUGGGCGUGGUCAGAGCAGCACUCAGCCGCUGUUGGGAGCGCCCCAGCUGUCAGGAGCUCAGCUCUGACAGCAGCAUGAUGGACUGUAUCCAGCUCUGUGGACCUGACCCUCAUGAGAUGACCACCAUCCUUGGGAGUGUUUACCUACAGCCUUCUCCUUCAUCUGUCUUUCUUUCCCCUUCAUCCUUUCCCUCCUCCUCUCAGGGCAAAAACUCCUACUCCAUGGAGCAUUUUCGAUGGGGGAAGCCUCUUGGGAGAAAGCGGCGUUCAACGAAAAUCCCCACAGGCAGAAGUGUGAAUGGAGACUCAGCUGAUUUUUUCCCUGGAGAGUUGAGGUGGUGGGAGCUUUCCAGGGUAAAACCAGCAGCUGAGGAUGAGGAGCAGGUGGCAGAGGAGGAAGCAGAACAGCUCUCCACUGAGCAACGUGAUACAGAAGACAUCCCGUACAAGAUGAAGCACUUCCGUUGGAGCGGCCCUGUGGCUAGCAAACGCUACGGGGGCUUCAUGAAGAGCUGGAAGGGCCACAGCAAGGGGCCGCUGGUCACACUCUUCAGAAACGUCAUCAACAAAGGAGAGGAGGAGAAGAGAGCGAUGUGAGGAUGAAGAAGGGAGGAAAAGAAGAUGGACAGGGCGAAAAUAAUCAAAAUACAGAAUAAUAAUAAAUAUGUCCUAUAAGUUAAGGACCAAAAUCGCUUUUCUAACGUUUUGUAAAUAGAGAAAAAUAGUAUUCAUCCACAGAAGUUAUUUUUUGUUCUUAGUAUGCAGAUUCUGGAAGACGUUGCUUCUUAAAACAGCGACAAAAAGUCCUGAUCGUUAAUGCUGAAGCCUUUUUAUUUCUUCAAACUUAUACAAAUAGAAAAAAAGCGGAGAACAAAUAUAUUUCAAACACAUGAAAGUGGUUAUUGCAUUGAUCAUAUAUUAAAAUAAUAUUUAACAAUCAACUAACUGAAAGUUUUGGUUUUGUAACUUAUUUUUCAUUUGGUUGAAGUGUUUCUCUUCUGACUUGAUGGGGCGGUAGAGGUAUCACCAACUACAGUUCUGGCCUGAAAACAUAGUUUGAAGACACAAAUAAUAAGUCUGAUACUGGUUGUCUAUCAAUAUCAUAUGUCUCUGCUUCUGACAUUUUUUAAAGUUGUAAAUGUGAUUCACGUGUCUAAAAUCUUUAAAAACAACUACAUGUCGUCCCUGGUAUGGCCACAGGAGGGCAGUAGUUAGCCAUGAAUCUUUGUUUCUGUCGCAGACUAAAAGUCUGGCCUGGACAGUUAGUCUGAGACGUGAAUACUAUCAGAAAGCACGUUGCAGUGCAGUACUACUGAGAAAUGAAUACAAAUAAAGCCUGAAAAUAAUAUUUCCUGUCAAAAUAAAUUUCUUUAUUGGAGAUGAGAUGGGUCAUGUUUUAGAUUUUACUUCAAAAAAUAUUGUAGAUGUCAUGAAAAUAUAAAGAGAGCUGCAAGCAAAGCAUAAGUGUCGUGU